GAGAACAGUGUUGCAUGGCUUGCGUCUAUGUGCAUGCAUUCGCGGGGGUAGGAUACUCGGUCCUCAGCAUUCGCUUGUGAACAGAAGAAAACAAGAUGUGCCCAUAGCUGGAGGAGUGACAACACUAGCCGAGUGGGGCUCACCUGCUGGUGAUCUUUGCAGAGGCAUUUGAGGAUUAUUCAGCUCCAGAAGGUCUGUGCGAGGAAUGCUAUCUCUGCCGUGGCUGAAAAUAGAAGGUGCCUACCCCUACCCAUCUUGAUUAUUGCCACCAAAAGGACCUCUUUGCCACCACUGUAGAAAGAAGCAAUUACUGCUACCGACAAGGUGAUGAGGAUUAUGAUCACAUGUGCAUCUCUGCAUAGCUGUCCACUUGGAGAUGAUGGUGACUCUUUAGAGAACAUACGUAAAGCCCUGGUUAACCAUCAGCACAGUGCUCCUUUCAUCCUAAAAGUUCGAUAACUGCUUUUCACCAGCUUUCCAGUUUUGUUUCAUCAUGUUGUCUCUACCAGCCUAAACCAUUUCCUAAAAUGGUCCUUCUGCUCGUCCUUGCAUUCCUGUUAUUGAAGGAAGAUGUCCAUGGGAACUUUGGGCUAUUGGUUUCUGCACAGGCCAAUGAAAGAAGAGUGGUUGCACACAUGCCUGGUGAUAUUAUCAUUGGAGCUCUAUUCUCUGUCCACCAUCAACCAACUGUUGAUAAGGUUCAUGAGAGGAAAUGUGGAGAGGUAAGAGAGCAGUAUGGCAUUCAAAGAGUAGAGGCAAUGCUACACACCCUUGACAGAAUUAAUUUGGACCCCACACUGUUGCCAAAUAUAACACUUGGAUGUGAAAUAAGGGACUCUUGCUGGCAUUCUGCUGUGGCCCUGGAGCAGAGCAUUGAGUUUAUAAGGGACUCUCUAAUUUCAUCAGAAGAAGAGGAAGGGAUGGUGCGAUGUGUGGAUGGAUCUUCAUCGUCUUUCCGCUCCAAGAAACCCAUUGUUGGUGUCAUUGGACCCGGCUCUAGCUCAGUUGCUAUCCAGGUCCAGAACUUGUUGCAGCUUUUCAAUAUACCUCAGAUUGCUUAUUCUGCCACAAGCAUGGACCUAAGUGACAAAACUCUGUUCAAGUAUUUUAUGAGAGUUGUGCCAUCUGAUGCACAGCAAGCACGGGCUAUGGUGGACAUUGUCAAGCGCUAUAACUGGACCUAUGUUUCUGCUGUACAUACUGAAGGAAACUACGGAGAGAGUGGAAUGGAAGCUUUCAAAGACAUGGCAGCUAAGGAAGGGAUCUGCAUUGCACAUUCCUACAAGAUCUAUAGCAAUGCUGGUGAACAGAGCUUUGACAAGCUGCUGCGAAAGCUUCGGAGCCACCUGCCCAAGGCAAGGGUUGUUGCCUGCUUCUGUGAAGGCAUGACUGUGAGAGGGCUCUUAAUGGCUAUGAGGCGCCUGGGACUUGCUGGAGAAUUUUUGCUGCUGGGCAGUGAUGGCUGGGCAGACAGGUACGAUGUGACAGAUGGGUAUCAGCGUGAAGCUGUUGGUGGAAUAACAAUCAAACUCCAGUCUCCUGAUGUGAAAUGGUUUGAUGACUACUACCUACAGCUUCGGCCAGAAACCAAUCACCGAAACCCAUGGUUUCAGGAAUUUUGGCAGCACAGAUUCCAGUGCCGGUUGGAAGGGUUUCCUCAAGAGAACCCUAAAUACAACAAGACUUGCACAAGACAGAUGACUCUGAGGACACAGCACGUUCAGGACUCCAAGAUGGGCUUUGUCAUCAACGCCAUAUACUCGAUGGCGUACGGGCUCCACAACAUGCAGAUGUCACUGUGCCCUGGUUACGUGGGCCUCUGUGAUGCCAUGAAGCCCAUAGAUGGUCGGAAGCUCCUGGAAUCCCUCAUGAAGACUAACUUUACUGGGGUCUCCGGGGACAUGAUCUUGUUUGAUGAGAAUGGUGACUCACCAGGAAGGUAA